AUGGACUUGGGCACGGUUGAAUGGAGCAGCCCACUGCCGAGAGCCAUGCCCAGCCCAACCGACUCCACUCGACGAGCAGCACCACCCAUUGCCAGCAGGUUGAGACCUUCGAUUGCCGAGUCGAUCAUCAGACCCCAGAACCUCUCACCUAACAUCUUCACCAGCACACCCACCAAACCCACCCCCGCCGACCAGGACCAGAAACAUCCGCCGUCCCCUCCACCCUCUUCACAGGUGCCCUUCUCAUUCCCCCAUCUCGCCGGCCUCGGUCUAGCAAUGGCUUCCAGCGCUCUCAACUCAGACGAUCAUCAACACCACCACCAUCACAGCAUGGGCCACUCCGCUCCUACCCUCGAACCUGAAGGUAUGAAUAUGAACCAUUGUUCGAUGAAUAUGGUCUUCAACUCGCAACCAAUCGGUACCUGCAUUGUGUUUCGACAGUUUUACGUCUCAGGCACGAUGGCAUUACUAUUUUACUUAACGAUGUUAUUUUUAAUAGCUGUGGGGUACGAAUAUCUCAGAUUAGCAAGCAACCGAUUCGAGCGGAUGAUCCAAGUGAAACUGAGCGGUGGGGUCUCCAAACGAGCCCUUUCACCCCCGCGAAGAGUCUCUUCCAACGAAAACUUGAUCGACAAUCCGGCGGCUAUCCAAGACACAGCCAACGUCGGUCUCAUCAGCCCUAAACUGGCUAGUUGGGGUCAGAUCGCUGUCCCUCGCUCACUUCAGUUGACCCGUAGUUUAUUCUACGUCUCCAAUGUCACUCUAUCUUUCUUCUUGAUGCUGGUUGUUAUGACUUACAACGCCCAAAUCAUAUUGGCCGUGUUAGCAGGAGCAUUUGUUGGACAUUUUGUUUUUCAUCGAGAGAUUUCAUUUGGCCAACCCGACAAAGGAAUGGCAUGCCACUAA